AUGGAGCAUCUAGAAAAGCCGAAACUCAAGCGUCACGAUGACUUUGAACUCAUGAAACUUGCAAUGGACAUUUACACAAAUCACUACAAGUUUGAUGACAUUGUCGACGAAUGCCGCCAAGUCCAAGAAAACAUCAGAAAGGAUCCAAAGCAGCGCAACAUCAUCACUCAACGCUGCUGGGAUUUGCUUCAAGUGCUCGAGUGCGACUCUUGCACAAACCCAAUUUGCAUUUUGUCCAAUCUCGUCCUGGCCGACUUGGGCGAGCACUACACCCUCGACGAUUUGAAAAGUGAAAAAGCCAACGACAUGCAUUUACUGUACUAUGCUCGCUUGUGCACACCACAUGUGUAUUUUGAGGACGGCCGAAAAUUCCACUAA